AUGCCAUUUCUGAGGAGAAUUUUAAGACCAAGACAUCGUAAGCAAUGCGGUACAGAGAGCCAAAUCAUUGCUGAUAAAUUGGAGGAAAUCACCUAUUUCCCUGCAGUAGCUGUUUAUGACUUCGCAGCAUCUAACGACAAUGAACUGUCAUUUAAAUGUGGCGAUAUAUUAUUGCUCUCAGGGCCCCUUCUUGAAAACUGUUGGGUGGAUGCUCUGGAUUUUCGUUCCCAAAAAACUGGACUUGUUCCCUCCUGCCUUCUUACAGAUGAAUCCGGUAAAUCGCAAGCACUCGAUGCCUUUCAAGUAACUGAUCGUAAAGGCGCCGAAUACCAACUGUUACUCCCAAUAGUUAAAUUAGGAACAUUUAUUCUCCGCAUCGAUCAUAAUCACAGCUUAUUAUCGUUGUCGGUGCUGAGGGAAUACGAUACUCAUAGAAAGGUCGAUCAUUUUCAAGUGCAAUAUGAUGUGCAAGGUGGGACCUAUUUUCUCGACAGAAAUGAAACGUUUCCUUCGCUUGACGAGAUGAUAACUGCAUAUCAAAAUCCCAGUAAUGAAUCCUCUUCACCUCUCUUAACCACACCCUGUCUCAAACCAAAUAAAAAUGUUGAACAAUUCAACAACUGCUUGAUAAGUCGCGAGAGUAUAGAUCUAAAAACCAAAAUAGGUGAAGGCAAUUUUGGAGAGGUUUGGAAAGCAGAAUAUCGAGGCGCUAGAGUAGCGGUAAAAAUAGCUCGAGUAGGAACGGCUGAAAAGGAUAUGGUGAAGGAGGCGUCUACAAUGUCCAAGUUAUACCAUCCAAGGUUGGUUCGAUUUUUGGGGGUGUGUUGCGAGCCUCUUAUGCUUGUAACUGAGUACAUGGAAAAUGGUUCAUUAGAAAAUUACUUAAAUGUCGUGAAGCCCGAUCACAGCGAGCAAUUGCGCAUCUUAUUUAUGGUAAGCGAUGGCAUGAAGUAUAUUGAGAAAAUUGGAGCUGUGCACAAUGAUUUAAGAUCCGCGAAUGUACUGGUGGAUUCGGAUAGAUCUGUAAAAGUAGCUGAUUUUGGAUUGUCGAAAAUCCUUCAUCAUGAUUUUCGUGAUAAAUGCUCUGGGAUAUUCCCUAUUCGUUGGACGGCAAUAGAGUCAACAAGCAUUGAUUCGAGUUAUUCCAUUAAAGCAGACGUGUGGUCAUUUGGCGUUCUAAUGUGGGAGGUGUUUACCUAUGCAAGGUAUCCAUACGAAGAUAUAGAAAAUGAUGAUGAAGUGAUUGUGGAGAUUCUGAAGGGCAAAAGACUGAAGAAACCGAGAGACAUGGGAUUUAAAUGCGAUGAUGAAUUUUACGCAAAAAUGGAAGAUUGCUGGACUCUCAAUCCCCUAUUCAGGCCUUCAUUCAAGGAACUCUACUCAUACUUUGAAAGGAAAAUAUCACAAGACUUAUAA